ACAUCCGUCCUCACGACAUCGACGGCCGAUUCGACCGCGACGUACCCCAAAGGCCAGCCCUCGCUCCCCUCGCUCCGCACGUUCCUCUCCCACCUCCCCAUCCCCGCGCAUGAGCCCUCGACGGCCGUCUUCCGCAGCGCGGCGGGCAGCCAGGAGGGCGACGGCGUCGCGGGCGUCGAGGCGUACCGCGGCGCGAAGGAGGGCACGCUCUGGUUCCUCGACGACGGCGUCCUGUGGGACGGCAAGCCGUGCGAGUUCUUCGCGCUCGAGCACCUCGCACCCGUGUCGCAGGGCCAGGGCGGCGAGCAGGUCGUCGAGGGCCUGCGGACGCUCACUGCCACCGGCCGGACGUGCUCCGUCAUCCUGCGGCGAAUAGGCGGCGGUUCGCCGGAUGCGAGCGGCGACGAGGAGGACCGUGCGGUCGACGUGGACUUUGGGAUGGUCGACGGGCGGGAGCAGGAGCCCAUCGGACGGUGGAUCAAGGCGCGCCGAAAUCGCUUCGGGCGCGCGAAACAACCGUCGCCGACGUCGGACGGCACAGAUGCGCCGGACGCCCUUCCUGAUUUGAAGGGGAAGGGAAAAGCAGUCGCGCGCGACGAGGAUCCUCGGAGUGAGGAUACGGAGGAUGAGGAGGAUGAGGACUUCGAGGUCACCAGCACGGACGUCUCGGAUGAAGACAGCGGCACGGAAUCGGAGUCCGACGGCGACGCGAGCAACGACGAAGGUGAUUGCAGUGCCGAGGGCGAGGACGACGAGGGGGACGCGAGCGAUGAUGCCACGGGGGACGAGAUGGACGUCGCCGAAGAGGGGCUCGAUCCAAAACACCACCCGCUCCUGCGCCCCGGCGCGAUGCCGCGCAUGUCGCGCGCGGCCAUGGAGGCGGUGGUUGGUAUGGUCGAACAAGACAUGAUGGGUGGUGGGAGACGAGGGCAAGCCGCAGCGACAGACAGCGACGAGGAUGAGGAGGAUGAGCUUGAUGACUAG